UUUGUUCGCAGGAAGAGGUUGUGGAAGUGCGAAGUGUCGGGAAAUUCGGGUCAAGCGUCUGUGAGACGCUUCUUUGAAAUCGCGCUUUUCGUCUUUCUGGAAGGUGCUUUUCGUUUUCACCCACUGUUUUUGAAGCUAGUGAAAAUAAUGGGAGAAGAACGGGACGAACCGCGUUCGGAGACCGACAGCCGCCACGACGAACUGCCCAUCAGUCCGUGCGACAGUGCGUGCUCAUCGCCGGCGUCGUCCAUCGCCGCCACUCCGUCGCCUUGCAACUCAACCACCAGCGAGGAC